AUGUUGCUUCGCCAAAAUACCAUGUUGAUUCCAGAUCUAAAUCACAUUGAUUUAGAUCUAAAUUCAUGUCUUUUAUAUCAACAAUUACAGGUUAUUAACUGUUGUCUAUCAAGAAAGAAAAAUAUUGCAGCUGAAUCAUUUGAUUUAGAAAUGAUGGAAGCUAUUUCAAAUAUCAAAGAAUCAGAUGUUUCUAUGGGCACAAUGUCCGUCAGCUCUGCAUUGUAUGCACGAGUUAAGACUGGAGAACUUGUUCUUCGGCAGGGAUAUAAUCAAUUGAUUGAAAAUUUAACAAUUUUGGAAACUGGUGAACCGAUAUACUCACCUAUUACCCAGGAAGGACCUUUGCUUACAGAAGAUCUUAUUAGAGAAACAGAGGAGUUAGUGCUUCGGACAGGGAGUGUUGGUGCUGGGUGCUCUCGGCUCCUUUCUGACAUGCAGGGUUUCAAGGCUGCAAACCCUGGCUGUGUUUUAGAAGAUUUUGUUAGAUGGCAUUCUCCUCCUGAUUGGAUUGAAACUGAGGCAAGCAAUGAUGUUACUGGUAGAAGAGGUCAACUAAGUAGUAGAAUGCAAAAAGAAGGUAAUUUGUGGCGUGAACUAUGGGAGACAUCCAAACCCGUACCAGCCAUUAAACAAACACCUCUCUACGAUGAGGAUAUGGCAGUGGAGGGAAUCCUGCAUUUCUUUGAGAACAUUCCGGUUACUGAUCUUUUUCAACAAUUGUUUCUUUCUCUUCUUGGUUUGGGAUUUGUAUCAGCCGAGGACAAGCUCCCUGCUGAUGAAAACUUAUCAAAGCUGUUUUACAAGUGCCAAGGCUUUGUUGUUGCAACUUGCCAGAGAAAUGUCUGGAACGAACUGGACGAGCUUUGCCAGGUCUACGAGACAGUGGAAACAAUGUUAGCGUCUCCUGAAGAAGUCAUAAUGACAUUAAAGCAGGCAGAAGAGACACCGAUGCAGGAAAACGGAAGUCCUACUGACAGUGAGCUAAACCAUUGCUUUUUGAAGCUCGGAUUCAUAUUCGUUAGCAAGGAUGAAGAUUAGGAAAAUAACUAGUCGCAAAGAAGCAAAGAAUUCAGAUGAGAAUCCCUCCCUUCCAUUUGGUAGUCUUUUUGUUUUAGUAGCAAAUCAUAUUUAUUUUCAAAGAUGACUCCUAAAGAUAAGAAUAUCCCAUAGAUGAGUUUGGGUUAAACUUAAACGGCGUAGUUUUGUAGGUAAUUGUAAAUUAUUGUGAAAUGAG